UCCAGGCUCGGGUAUGUCUUUAUCAGCAACAUGAAAAUGGACUAAUACACUCGGGAAGUUGGGUGGUGCCCAGGUCAGGGAGAAGGAAACCUGGGAUAAGAAAGGCUCUGAGAUGAGGUGCCUCUGUGCAGCCAUCCUAGAAACAAAACAGUCAGAAAAGAAGUCUUCAUGGCUGCAGUCUGAGUUCUCGGCUCCACAGCCCAUUGUGACAUCACCUGGGGGCCCUGGAUCUGAGCCAGAGGCUGUCAGCCUCACUCCCUCGGCCCUGGCCUCUGUCACCCCCGGGCCCACAGCACAGCCUAGGGCCAUGCUCCUGUUCUCAGUGUUGCUGCUUCUGUCCCUGGUCACAGAAGCUCAACUCAGUCCGCGGACUCCUCUCCCAGAGGCUGGAGUGGCUCUUCUAGGUGGGGCUAGGGGCGCCCACCACCCUCAGCGCCCUCAUCCCCCCCGCCCAGUCAGUGAAUGUGGUGACAGAUCCAUUUUCGAGGGGAGAACUCGGUAUUCCAGAAUCACAGGGGGGAUGGAGGCGGAGGUGGGUGAGUUUCCGUGGCAGGUGAGUAUUCAGGCCAGAGGUGAACCUUUCUGUGGCGGCUCCAUCCUCAACAAGUGGUGGAUUCUCACUGCGGCUCACUGCUUAUAUUCCGAAGAGCUGUUUCCAGAAGAACUGAACGUCGUGCUGGGGACCAACGACUUAACUAGCUCAUCCAUGGAAAUAAAGGAGGUUGCCAGCAUCAUUCUUCACAAGGACUUUCAGAGAGCCAGCAUGGACAAUGACAUUGCCUUGCUGCUGCUGGCCUUGCCCAUCACGCUCGAUGACCUGAAGGUGCCCAUCUGCCUCCCUAUGCAGCGCGGCCCCGCCACAUGGCAUGAAUGCUGGGUGGCAGGUUGGGGCCAGACCAAUGCUGCUGACAAAAACUCUGUGAAAACAGAUCUGAUGAAAGCGCCGAUGGUCAUCAUGGACUGGGAGGAGUGUUCAAAGGUGUUUCCAAAACUCACCAAAAAUAUGCUGUGUGCCGGAUACAAUAAUGAGAGCUAUGAUGCCUGCCAGGGUGACAGCGGGGGACCUCUGGUCUGCACCCCAGAGCCUGGUGAGAAGUGGUACCAGGUGGGUAUCAUCAGCUGGGGAAAGAGCUGUGGAGAGAAGAACACCCCAGGGAUAUACACCUCAUUGGUGAACUACAACCUCUGGAUCGAGAAGGUGACCCAGCUAGAGGGCAGGCCCUUCAGUGCGGAGAAAAUGAGGACCUCUGUCAAACAGAAACCUAUGGACUCCCGAGUCUCGGGGGUCCCAGAGCCAGGCAGCCUCAGAUCCUGGCUCCUGCUCUGUCCCCUGUCCCAUGUGUUGUUCAGAGCUAUUUUGUACUGAUAAUAAAAUAGAGGCUAUUUUUUUAACCAAGGGAGGGUGCAUGAAAAUGUGUCUCCAGCAGAGGCUCUGACUGCAGCUCGGGGCUCAAGGAUGGAAACUGAGACUGGAACCAGGAGAACCAGAAAGUCAGGCUGGGGCCCUGGUUUGGGGACUGCACUUUGGGUCUGUGGAUUAGUCAGGACUCUCUCCGUUCUAGGUGACAGUCACCUAAGUCUGACUGAAUUCAGCCAAAAUGAGGCAUUUAUGGAUACAUAUAACAGGAAAAUAAAAAUAAAAAUAAAAAACCGACACACAAAUAUCCAGGGCAGGCAUGAUGACUUCAGGCGUGGCUGAGUUGAGGGGCUGAAAGGUGAAGGCUGUGACUGUUGUCUGUGGCCAUUUCCCUCAAGAAGGGCUUCUCAGUGGUGGCCAUGAUGAGAAUAAAGAAUUUCCUGUUGUGCUGGGAAGUUAGUCUCUUAGAUCUAUGCAGGACUUCAGCGGAUUGGACAAGGCCCACCCACAUUACGGAGGGAAAUCUGCUGAUUCAAAAGUUAUCAAUUUAAGUGUCAAUCUUAUCCAAAGAUGCCCUGCAAGUUGACAUAUGAGAUGAACCACCACACUGCCCAGGCAGCCUUCACAUGGUGUUUACAUUACUCCCGCCCAUCAGAACGAACGAUGUGCUUAAGCUCACCCUACCUUAAGGACAACAGCUUAUUGUAACCCUUCUAUCAAGCAACCUUAAUGUUUCCUGAGGACCCCACUGAUA